AUGAAUGCAGCGGAUGAACUGGAAUUAGUGCUGGAUCGCAUUUCUAGCGAAUAUCCUGCUCUCGUUAUGGAAACGUUGCAAUCAGUUGGCAUUGAUGAAAUCCCCGAUGAUUGUACAGCAUUGGCAGAUGGUUUCUGUUGGAUGGUCUCGAAGCACAGCGUUUUUGUCUGGAGUGUUGCGGCGGAAGGAGACUCUCAUCAGCGAGCUGUUCAGCUGCCCCUUCCACCUUCAGGACUCCCCUAUUCCGCAAAAUCAGUAGUGGUGUAUAAAAAUGAGUUUAGUGAUUUGCCUGGAGUUUUGGUAAUUUCUGGCGAGGGUGUUGCUCGUCAUUUCCCUUCACUAACAUCUUCUGUAAAUGACGAAACUGCUAUUGACCUAGCCAGUGAAGUCACUCUGUCUGUGCAGUUUCUCAAGUCUUCAAGAAGAGAGUCUUCUUUUGUACUCACAACCACAUCUGGAUCUGUAUAUCUGUUACACACGAGUACACAUGGAGAAAUUCAAUGGACAAAGAUUGGAUCCCGAGAAUCUCGUGGUAUAGGAAAACGUUUGUCCAACAUAAUCUUCGGUUCUCAAGCUAUGCCGCACGAAAGUUCUCGAGUAGUAACUUCACUAAUAUAUCAAGGCAAUUCUGAAGAUGAUUGCAGCAGCAACGGACCUUUUGUUGUGACCGUAUCUCCUAGUACAAUCAACACAUUCGAUUUGUCUAACAAAAGCGCCCCAAAGACCAACAUCCGUUCCGAAUUGAAGCAACGAGUUGCAUGCUUCUAUGAGCGUGCAGCACGAGGGCGACCAGUAGCUGGAGUAAAUAUUUGGUUCCUUGACGCUGCUGUGUUCCGCAGCGGAAUUCUCCUGUUACUGGCAGGAACUCACGAUAACACCACAGAAGUUACAUUUUUCUUAGCUGUGUCUCAUUUUGACCACGAUGAUCCAUCAAAGGUGGAGUGGUUUUCAACUUUAACAAUCGAUAGACGUUGGACUUUUGAGGCAGCUGAUGAAUCAUCCUUCAUUGGCCACGUUUUUCUUUGUGUUCCUGGAAAAACAUCAAAUUCAUUCACUUGCGAACCUACCGGUGGAGUCUUCAUCCUUUAUCCUAAUUUCGUGCAAUCCGUUCUGCUGCCAGAUGAAUUGGACAGAUGCUAUGAACCUUUGCUAAACAAAGUUGUGCCUUUUUCCUCAGUUACGAAACUAAUUGGCCACGCCUGUGAUGAGCGGUUUUGCUACGUGAUGAGUUUUGAUGGAGCCAUUUAUUGCGUUCGCCUUCUGCCAAAAGGUUUCGAAGAUGACCUUUCUGACGAUAAGGUCUUCAUGGACGACCUUUGUAACUUGAAAGAUAGUUUUUCUCAAGAUGAUGGACAGCUUUUCUUGUUUGCUUCUGCUUUCACUUUAUUUGCCACGAAGAACAUUGUAGAAGCAUGCGAACUCAUGAAACCUCUUUUGAGAAAGCCGGACAACGAUCUCGUAGUUUUAGUGUAUAUUUUCCUGAAACAUGUUUUGGAUCAGCCAGUCGGAUCUCAGCCGGAGAAAGGAUUGAAUACGAAGAAAAUAGUAUGCAAUCGUACUAUUUUGUUUCUCAAGCACAUGAACGUUUAUGAUAAAGUUCUAUCUAUCAAAGUCCUAAUAUCGUCUCUUUCUAGCUCUCGGACCGGAUCAUCUAUUUUACUUGAGAUGAUUGAACGAGUAGCCGUCGCAAUUGCGCUUUCUAACUGGGAGGGCAUCCGAGAAGAUCGUGCUGAGAUCAUGGAACAAGUUACCAAACGACUACAUCGCAUAAGUGAUGCUUCCCUUGAUUGCGAAUCCGCCGUAUAUUCAAAGCUAUCUUUGAUUCACAACUUGCCAGCAGCGUGCGUUGAAACGAUGCGUGAACUCAUUAAACGAACCGCUGAUAAAGAAGCAAAGGAACUGUUAAUUCACUUAUGCGCCGACCUACUCCUCACGUUUGUGAAUGCAGUCGAAACAAAUAGAAGGACUGGACUAAUUCCAGCAGGUAGUGAUAUACAAUGGACCACAGGAACAAUUUCGCAAGCAUAUGCUGUUGCGUGCCGAAUUCUUUUAAAUGAAAUGCAAGGAAGGGAAAUAUCUCUAACUCAAAGAUCGAAAUUGAAAAACUAUGUAGUUCGGUUUGCAAGCUUCCAUCUAAGCGAAUGCAAUGAAUUAAUAGAUGGACAUGACGUUAUCGUUUCGUUGUAUAAUCUUGGAGAAUGCGAUGUGGCAGUCGAUCUAGCAGAGAAGUUUAAAGAUUUCAAAGUAUUGGUCAAUGUUUGCCUUGAGCUGGAUGGCGCUGAGCGACGUUCCAGAUUGGAUUCUUACAAACAGCGAUUUGUCGCAGAGGAGUUUGAUAUGUAUCUUUGUAGGUACUUAAAACAAAAAAAACUCAACCAAAUGCUACUGGAAGAGAAAGGUGAACGUGUUGAUCGCUACUUGUUAUCUUGUGAAGGAACACGUUGGAGGCGAGAACUUCAGAAUCAUCAGUUCGAGCAGGUUUCUCGAAGCCUCCUUAGUUUAGCAACUCGUGAAACUUCUGACAUUUAUCGACAGAGGAGUUUCGUUGCAUUCUCGAAACUAGCAGCCAUCUGUAGCGAAAAUGUUCCUGAUGAUGUCAUCCUGGAAUCAAAUAGGGGGCUGUUGCUCCUAAAACAUCAAUCCUUGAUACCGGAAUCACUUGUUAAGUCAGUCUAUCCAGACGAUUCGAAAAGACCUCUAAGUAUAAGUGAAAUGGUUGAGUUGAACAUGCUCGAUGCGGAUGUGGUAGAAGGUCAUAAACGAGCGCUUUACUUACUGGCCGAUCUUCUCGGUAACGGCGACAGUGUGGAACUUAGAUCACUAGUUUUUGAUGUUUGGAAGUCAGUAGUGCAGCACAGCGACUUGAGGCAGGUGAGUCAUACUAGCGAACUUGCUGAGACACCCUUUGCUGGAGUGCUGAGAAAAGUUGUCGAGCAUGAUAAUGCCGCAGGAGUUCUGGAACUUGUUUUGGCACCACGUGGAGUCAUUUUGGAGGAAUAUAGAAAGAAGUUACCAUUGGGCGAGUUGACUCUCAACUGUAUUCGAGAUGCUGCGCAAAGGGCGCUAUCUAAGUUGAAGACUAACCUGCAGUCCAAAAAGGAUGAAGAACUAAGAAGAACGAAUGCCGUUCUAGCCACAACAGAGUUUCCUGAAGUUUUCAGGGAUCGGCCAAUAACUCUUAUGGAUAGCUCAGAAAUGACAGUUGCUUAG